GCAUGUGCCGACAAUAUGGCAGCGCCCGUAGCGAUUCACCUGGAGUUUGGUGGUGGAGCGGAGCUGCUUUUUAAUGGUGUGAAGGAACAUCAUGUGACUCUUCCGAGCCAAUCCGAACCUUGGGACGUGAAGCAGCUGCUGGUCUGGAUCCAACGGAACCUGCUGAAGGAACGGCCCGAGCUCUUUGUCCAGGGAGACUCUGUGAGACCUGGGAUACUGGUGCUUAUCAAUGAUGCAGACUGGGAGCUAAUGGGGGAGCUGGACUACCAACUACAGGACCAAGACAACGUUGUAUUUAUUUCCACUCUUCAUGGAGGAUAGCAAAUGAACGAUGAAUACACGCAACAUAUCCUUCUCUGUAACAGCCUUUUCUCCACAUCCUCUGCACUCUUCACUCCCCACCCACAUCUCAACAACACACCACCCCAUUGGUCGCUGUGGAUGUGUCAGCCUGCACCGGGAUUGUCUGACCGGGAUCGAUGUUUGGUCCACAGGAAUAAGUGGAAAUUCAGAGACGAUUACCAAGAAAAAUGUGGAAACUGUGAGACGGGAAUUCUGCUUUUUUUUAAAUCAAAACUGGACAGGUGUAUGAAUCUCUGGUCGUACUGGCCGACUCACAGGUGCGAGUGCAAAUACCUGCCUUUGGUGUUUAAAACUUCACCUCCCUGCAUCCUCAAUUCCAGCAUGAAAGACAAAAAGACCUUUUCUUAGUCUCCAAUGACCUUCAGGAAUAUAAAAUAUAACGUUACACGUUGCUUAAACAAUCAGCAUGUCUAAGCAGUCAGUAUACAAACAAUUAACAAUAUCUUCAUAAGGAAAUUUUUCGGUGUUUUUUUCAUUUGUCAACAUCGAUAAUUUCUCCUAUGAAGACGUUUUUAAAAUCUGUUUUACAAUAACAUCUAUUUACACCCCAUAAGCGAGUUAUGGAUGCUUCACGUGGGGUUACAGUUGUUGACAAAUAGUUAAGGAACAAAAAUGUUCUUACAAUGUUUACAAGUACAUUAUAGUGUGUUAUAUAAUGCAUAGAAAGGCUAAUAGCAGGGGUUAAAAUAAAGUGUUUUGUUUUUUUUGGGCCGAUGUGAUGUCAUUUUUCUUAAAAUAUACUU